AUGGAUUCCAAAAUGUUCCCUUUCGGGACACUUGACGUUGAAACGGGGGUUAUGGGCGCAUGUGGCUUGCCAACUGGUUGGCUACGUGCUUAUAAUCACGGGUUUCACUAUAGGUAUCCGGUUGGGAAGAAUGCUAGAUAUGGGUUGCUUUACGACCACCAUUUCAUUGCAACGAAGGAAUCAGGUGUGCGGAUCUAUAUUCAUGUUUGGUAUGGUCGGUUUCUCACUAUUCUUGGAAUCGUAAAUGAGGGUCUUGGCCUACAGCUGGCUGGAAACCCUGAAGCGGGAACCAUAGUGUACGGGGUAGUUGCAGGGCUUGUAGGGGUGGCCUAUUUCACAAAAGUGGUUCUAUUCAAGAACGCAAAGCGGAGCCUGAAAAAUGAUAUAGUAGUUGAAGUUAGGUCGAGGAAAUAUCCCAUUCGCAACAGGCGUGAAUAG